AGUUUGGGUGAUUUUACAGCUGCUAUUUUGUUCUUUCUGUUUUUAGGGAAAAUUGCAAGAAGUGGUUGUGUCUUGUGCCUUGGAUAUUAUUAUACCCCAGUACCAAAAGUGGAUUUAUACUCUCAGAGGAUAUUUGUCAGUGCUGUGGCUCAUUACUGUGUUCUGUCUUCUCAGUCCUGGCAAAAAUUUUAGUUGGUUUGGCCCUUUAAUUAGGAAGUCUUAUAUAUAUACAAUAUAUGUAAUUCCCCGCAUCUCAAUUUUGUUAUUAUAGCACUAAUUCUCACUUUUUAUGUAAGGUUACUUUUUUUAUGAAGUCUUCAUUUUCCUUCGCUUUAGAAAUUGAAAACAUAAUAAAUUCGUUGCCGGCUGUAAAAGUUCCGAUUUAUAAGAUAGUUUUUUUGGGUUUAUUAAUAUAAUCCAUGUACGUAGCAGAAUAUCACGCAUACAGUAAGCACUCAAGAAAUGUCAGAUUUUAAAAAAUGGAUGUAAUAACUGGACAUCAGAUUGCCUUGGAAUCAAGGUGCUAAUCCAAAGUAUGUUCUACAAGAAGCUUACAAUUCAGGUGAAGACAGGCAUUAUUCAUAUCCCUUGGGAAACUGAAGUAUAUCUUUGCCACUUUUCGAAGUGAAUUCACUGGCAGACGCGAGUUCACUCUGCUAACCUGAUUCUUCUUUCUUCUACUAAGAAAACUGUGUUUUUUCCUUGUAUAAUUGAAUUCAGGCUUAGAAAUAGUAAAUAUUUUCAAUUCUUAGGACUCACCAAAAUUCUCUCAACAUUUAUACCAGUGUUUUAUAUGAAAUGUCUUAUAGCUAAGCCCUUAUAUCAUAUGGCUUUGGUCUACGUUUCUGACUUUAUUCCUUGUAUUCUCCAGCCAAAUAGAAGUCCUCAGUAGUAACCCAGUGCUUUCCCUUCUCUGUACCUUUGGCCAUGUAAUUCCAUCUAUGCUUGUCAGAUGUAUUCUUCUGGCUGAUUUUAGUUCUCUUAUCUUAUAUAUAGAUGCUUCAAAAUCUUACAUAUGUUGGUAAUUUGAGGGAAGCAUCCUAUGUGGAAGGAAGUUGAUGGAAUUUUUUGUUUUGUUUAAAAUUUUUUUUUGAGCUUCAUUAGUAUGGCCAGCCAAUUGAGCUUUAUCUAGCUGGUGUUUGUUAAAAAGAUUUAGGUCUUAAGUGUCCCAUCAAUAUGUAUAUCCCUUAGGCAUCAAUGAUGGCUGAUGAUAGAUUAAGAAAACCUUUUAGGCUUCCAUUCCACAUGGAACUAAAAGCUCUAUCAGUUGACAAUUUUAAUGCUUGGAACUGUGGCUGUCAGCAGAUAGACCAAAACAAGAAAUGAAAAUCUUAUCUUUCAGGUGGGCCUCUGCUUGCUUUUUCUAUCUGUUCUCUUUCUCAGUGGUCUGAGGGUCCAUAUUUCCUUAAGGUUUUCUUAAACACCCAAACUGUAUUUGUUGUGUUUGAGUGGUAAAUAUGGGGAACAAACUUAAGUUUUUAAGUAGGUAUACCCUCAAUAUAAUAUCUGAAGUAACAUGUACAAUAUUUUAUAUAAUAAUAACAAAAUAAUACACAAAUCUUCCUUUUUAGCAUAUUUGAAAGUGCUUUCAUCUUAUCUCCUUUCUUUUCUCCUUAAGAAACACUUCCGGGUUAUUAUCUAAAUUAACAAAUGAUUUUUCAGUAGUUCUGAUCUCCUUUGCAAGAAGUGGUUGUGGCAUUUGGUUGAGGUAUGAGCUAUAUACUUUUUCCUGUUAUUCUCUUUCAUCAGGUUUGUGCCCUAUCAGAUAAUUUUGCCUCCUGUCUGCCUUCUUGUGUGUAGCUUCAGUUUAACAUUUUGAAAAUCAUAGAGUUAGUCUUCCAUCUCAUUCCUUGGUUUGUGGUCCUAAUUUUAAACAAAGUUAUAUUACGGGAGACAGUGUGCUGAAGAUGCUAUUUGGCUUCCUUUCUCCUUUUCUAAUGAAAGCUUCAGAGUUAAGCUUGUCAGGAGCCAUUGCUUAAAGCCACAGGACUCUUGAAUUCUCUGCAGAUACUUUGAUGUACUUACAAGAAGAUUGUGAUCUGAAGUAUGCGCAACAUCAUGACAACAGAGAAGAGUUUAGUGGCUGAGGCUGAAAAUUCACAGCACCAACAACAGAAGGAAGAAGGUGAGGGAGCCACAAACUCAGGCCAACAAGAAACUCAGCUGGAGGAGGCUUCUCAAACAGCAGCUGAGGGAGAUAAUCAGUGUGAGCAGAAGCUGAAAACAUCUAAUGGAGACACUCCAACACAUGAAGACUUGACCAAGAACAACGAUCGAACAUCAGAAAGCAGGGGCUUCUCACGGCUGUUCUCCUCAUUUCUCAAGAGGCCCAAAUCUCAGGUCUCUGAGGAAGAAGGCAAGGAAAUAGAGUCAGCUAAAGAGAAAAGUGAAGGAGGUCAGAAAGAGAUAGAAUUUGGGGCCAGUCUUGAUGACGAGAUCAUCUUAAAGGCCCCAAUUGCAGCUCCUGAACCUGAACUCAAAACAGACCCAUCCUUGGAUCUUCAUUCAUUAAGCAGUGCAGAAACCCAGCCUGCGCAGGAAGAACGCAGAGAAGAUCCAGAUUUUGAAACUAAAGAAGGAGGAGGACUUGAAGAGUGCUGCAACAUAGAAGUAAAAGAAGAAAGUCCUGAAUCAAAAGCAGAAAGGGAAUUAAAAGCUUCCCAGAAAUCAAUCAGAAGACAAAGAAACAUGCACUGCAAGGUUUCUUUGUUGGAUGACACAGUCUAUGAAUGUGUUGUGGAGAAACAUGCCAAGGGACAAGACUUACUUAAACGAGUAUGUGAGCACCUCAAUCUUUUGGAAGAAGACUACUUUGGUCUAGCUUUUUGGGAUAAUGCAACCUCGAAGACAUGGCUGGAUGCUGCCAAAGAAAUAAGAAAGCAAAUUCGUGGUGUCCCUUGGAACUUCACAUUUAACGUAAAGUUUUAUCCACCUGACCCAACACAGUUAACAGAAGACAUAACAAGAUAUUAUUUGUGUCUUCAGCUUCGGCAGGACAUUGUUGCGGGACGUCUGCCCUGUUCCUUUGCAACCUUAGCGUUGUUGGGUUCUUAUACCAUCCAGUCUGAGCUGGGAGACUACGACCGAGAACUCCAUGGUGCGGAUUAUGUUAGCGAUUUUAAACUGGCUCCAAAUCAGACCAAGGAACUUGAAGAGAAGGUCAUGGAACUGCAUAAAUCAUACAGGUCCAUGACUCCAGCUCAGGCUGACCUGGAAUUUCUUGAGAAUGCCAAAAAGUUGUCUAUGUAUGGAGUUGACCUUCAUAAAGCAAAGGAUUUAGAGGGAGUGGAUAUCAUCCUGGGUGUUUGCUCUAGUGGCCUUCUGGUUUACAAAGAUAAGCUGAGAAUUAACCGAUUUCCCUGGCCCAAAGUGCUGAAGGUUUCAUACAAACGUAGCAGUUUUUUCAUCAAGAUUCGGCCUGGAGAGCAAGAACAGUACGAAAGUACCAUUGGAUUUAAACUUCCCAGUUACCGAGCAGCUAAGAAAUUAUGGAAAGUCUGUGUAGAGCAUCACACAUUUUUCAGACUGACAUCUACAGACACCGUUCCCAAAACUAAAUUUCUUGCACUGGGAUCCAAAUUUCGAUACAGUGGCCGGACUCAGGCUCAGACCAGGCAAGCUAGUGCUCUGAUUGACAGACCUGCCCCACACUUUGAGCGUACAGCUAGCAAACGGGCAUCCCGGAGCCUUGAUGGAGCAGACCGAAGUCCUCGGCCCAUCUCUGCACCCGCCAUUGCUGAGGGUCAGAUCCCAGAAGGCACUGUCCCAGGUUCACAGGAGAAAACAGAAGAAAUGCCUGAGCAAGUUGAGCCAGAGCCCACAGAAGUAUGGAAGAAAAAAAGAGAGAGACUAGAUGGUGAAAACAUUUAUAUCAGACAUAGCAAUUUAAUGUUGGAGGAUUUAGACAAGAAUCAAGAAGAGAUCAAAAAACACCAUGCCAGCAUCAGUGAGCUGAAAAAGAACUUCAUGGAAUCUGUACCAGAACCACGGCCUAGUGAGUGGGAUAAACGCUUAUCCACUCAUUCCCCCUUCCGAACACUGAACAUCAAUGGGCAAGUCCCCACAGGAGAAGGAAGUAUAAAUGACAUUCGCACAGAGGAGGUGGCUGCUGUGACAAAGGGGCCAAAUACUAACCCUGACUCUGAACAGAAGGGCCCCAAGCAUUCAGUAGUUCCUAGCGAGAGCCAAAUGACCACCCCACCGGAGUCUUCACAAAGUUUUGACUUUGGCUCCCUCUCCAUAAGCAGCAAGGAGACAGAAGAGAAGGUGCAGGGGGCAUCUGGCCAUCUUGACAUUCGGGAGAUGCCAAGAGACCCAAAUGGGGAAUGUAUAGGAGUGGAGAAACAGGCCAGUGCCUUACAGGGCCCCAUGGGCAAGUUCUCAGUAACAUCAGCUUCCUAUCAGCUGCAACUUGGUGAAAAAAAGGCAGAGAGUGGUGAAGAACAUGUUACACCAGGAGAGCCGCUUGGAAAGCAAAAUGGAUCAUUUCUUGACUCUCAUGUGGGUAACCAGUUCCCCACCCUCAUUCGAAGUUUCCAGCCUCCCCUAGUGAAGACUCAGACGGUCACCAUCUCAGAUUCUGCCAAUGCUGUGAAAAGUGAAAUCCCAACCAAAGACGUCCCUAUUGUCCACACUGAGACAAAGACCAUCACUUAUGAGGCUGCCCAGACUGAUGACAGCAAUGGGGACUUGGACCCAGGAGUCUUGCUGACAGCUCAGACCAUCACAUCUGAGACCACGAGCGGCACCACCACAACUCAGAUUACCAAGACUGUAAAAGGUGGGAUUUCAGAGACUCGGAUUGAAAAGAGAAUUGUGAUCACAGGAGAUACUGAUAUUGACCAUGAUCAGGUCCUUGUACAGGCCAUCAAGGAAGCAAAGGAGCAGCAUCCAGAUAUGUCAGUGACCAAGGUGGUCGUCCAUCAGGAGACCGAGAUCGCUGAGGAGUAAGCUCAGGAACUGUCCUACCCCCAAAUCCCUGCCCUUCUUCCAUCUAAGAGAAAACCAGCAAAAUGAUGAAGAAGCUAACCUGGAGUAAUCAGACUUCGGACUUUCAAGACUAUUCUAAACCACCAGAAAAUGAAUUUCCUUUUCUAUUUGGACUUUAUACCAAAAGAUUCUUCUAGAUAUCACUGAUUCUUUUGGAUAACUUUUUCUGUAUUGUGAUACCAGAAAUUGUUCAACUCUUCACUCUAUGGACUGGUUUUAAGUAGUUUGUUUUGUUUUGAUUUUAUUUUUAACAAGGUGGUUUGCAGCCCCUUCAACCUAGCCUUUCUCCAUUUAUUUCCAACUCAGAUAUAGACAGAGUCCACAAAAUUCUACGGAAAAUCCUCCAAAGACUCUGUCAGCUGGGUUGGA